AUGUUAGAUGAACAACAGGUGAAGCAGUUAGAUGAACAACGGCGAAAGAUUGUAGAUGAACAAACAGGCGAAGAUGGUCUGGUUUGUAGUAAGAGUGGUAAUUAUUCUUUUACUCAAGAACUUUUAAAUCAUCUUGGCUUUGUAAAUGCUUUAUGCUUUAAUCAGGAAGGCAAUAUUCUUUUCUCAGGAGAUAAACAAGGUGUUAUUCUGGUGUGGAAUGUUGAUGUUAUGAAAAAAGAUAAAGGAAAGAAAAAGCCAAAGAUUCUUUCUUUGGAGCGUGAAGUUAAAAUGAACGAUAUUAUUGGGAACACCAUAAACAGCAUCUCUUGUCAUCCUAGUGGGUUUCGCUUGAUGGUUCAUACAAGAGACAGUCAGAUAAGACUUGUCAAUCAUAAACAUUGGACAAUAACCCACAGACUUCGAGGCUUAUUAAAUGUUCGAGAGCAAAUGCGAGGUUGCAUUAGCCCGUGUGGUACCUGGGUGAUAUCAGGUAGUGAAGAUGGCGGACUUUAUGUGUGGAAUUCAGAUACAGGGGAUAUGGUUUCAGCUCUAAUGAACCUACCAAUAGAGGGAACUAUCUCCUGUGUUGACUAUCACCCACUUGAUCACAUGAUGGCUCUGUGUUCUUAUUCUAAUGAACCCUGUUCUUAUUUAGGUUAUAACCAAGAAAGUAUGUCAUCUAAUACAACUGUCCCAAUGUCUGUCCAACCAGCUACCUCAAGAAGCUUACAAACAUCUCUACCAAGAAGUCCAGGCCCUAGUCACCUGCCAUUAAAACAGCUUUUAUCCCCAAAUCUCAAAUACCAAAGUCAUAUUAAUCCCAAAGCCAUGUCUUCUCCAGCAAAAUCCCUCUUAAAUUCUGGGGAGGAGAGAAAAUCAGAAAUAAAAACUUUUACAUACAGUCAUUCAGUCAUGGAGAAAAAGCAUACAAUCUUUACUGUGAGCAGGCAGUACUUGUUGGAUAAUGAUCAGACACUGAACAAAGGAGGACUCAGACAUCAUCAUGGGGAUAAGAUCUUAAAGAAAUUAGAUUCUGUGUUGAAGAUGGCAAGUGAGGAUCCAUUAAACAUGAGUGGCAACAGAGUCAUAAGCAGCUGUGGUGAAAGGCUUUUACCUUUGGGACAACUUGCUACUGUUUUGUAUGAUUUCACCAGCUCUGAGCCAGAUGAACUGUCAGUUAAGCAAGGUGAUUAUGUGAAUGUAGUACAGGAGAUGAAUGGAGACUGGUGGCUUGUUCGCACUGCAGACAUGAGGACCACAGGUCUAGUACCAGCAUCAUAUCUUCAGCACUUGCCAGGAGGGUUUAGGCAAGAACAAGAAGAUGAAAUGGGCUCUGGAAAAGUUAUUGCAGUUCCAUCAAGAUCUGGAGACAUCAGCUUUAUAUCUGACAUUGAAGGCACCCCAAGCAAAGCACGUGCUCGCAGACACAAAGCCAAAGUCUUACCAUCGAAGAUAACUACUUCAACCCCAAAAGGCAAAUAAAAGGAAAUGAAGAUGCUGGUAGCAGAGAAUCUUUAUUUCCAUUUGUUGGCCUUUGCCAUUGCCUACCUUGGCAAAAGAAAAGUGACAUGGUUAUGGUGGCACAAAACCAUAAUUAAAUGAUGUGGUAUUACUCUUUUGGAUAUUAUUACUUUAUUCAGGAGAGGGGAAGGGCUAAAUCCUUAGGGUCCACCCUACCAAUCAGCCAUUUCCCACCAAGAUAGAGUGACAAAUAUAUAGGCAACAUAUAUUGAUAUAUAUCUUGCACUAAUAAAUAUUUGCAUUCAGUGAUUCAUUAAUGUUUUAGUAAUGUGAAGAGGAAAACAAAAUAGUGUAGCUUUAAAUAUUUUUUAUAAAUGUCAAUCCAUUUGUCAGUAAUAAUAUAAUGACAAAUCAGGGAACAGGCGGGGUGUGAAUCCAUGGCAUGGAUUCAAAUCCCACCUGGUCCCUAAUUUGUCUGCAAUCAUAUUGUUUCAAUUUCUUGGGUCAUGACAUAGUGCACUUUUUUAUGAAAUUCACUCAGAUUUCAUAGUGAAAAUAUAAACUUGGAUUAUUACAGUAGUUCUCUGCAGUUAAAGGUAUGCAUUGUAUCAGUGCUCUUUUUCUAUAAAUUAUUGUUCAUCUAUUUGGAAACUGACUGGUUUGAUCAUAUAUGGAGGAACUGUAAUGAUUGUUCCAUCUUGCAGUACAAAAUGUUGAUAUGUAUUAUUACUAUAAUCAAAGAGAAGCACUAACCCAGUAGGGGUCAUGCAGUGUUUAGGACAUGAGAAGUAUUUGGUGUUGAAGGGUGUUGGUACUUUUACACUUCUGAGGUUCCAAAAUUUUUGCUUUUAUAUUUUGUUUGUUUUCCAUUAUAACUUUUUCCAUCCAGUAUACUUUUAUUGUUUCUUGUUAGUGUUAUAUUUAUGGGGAAAUGGUAAACUUGUAAGGGUCACACACAGCCUUGGAAGGCAAUCAGGUUUGUUUGAAGGGGUAGUUAGGCAUAAUUCUUCCAUGAACUAGGAGCCCCUCACUGGCAUCAUGAUACCUCCCUUGAAUGAAUUUUUUUUUUUACCAAUUAGGUGUUUCUCACCAAGGUAGGUGAAUGUAAUUGAGGACACAUUCACCUUCACUCAUUCAGUAGCUGUCUUGCCUAAAAUGCACAUAUGUCACAUUACUGAUGCCCAUACAACACUUAGAAAGAGAAACCACCAGCACUGAAGUAGGUAACUUCAAAACGUGUUGAAGGGGUGUGAAGGCAUUAUAGAAAAUUACAAGAAGAUAAUCACACAUGUAUGCCAUUUAAUUUACUCCCGUGAAGAUCAGGUCACCAUUGGAAGCCUUAUCAGGAGAUGACUCUGCCAAUAUACUGUAGCUUUUUAGACACACUGAACAUGCCAGGGUAGCUCCAUUGUGAAGAAACACCAAAUAACAACCAACCUGGG